AGAAUAAGUAUCAAACAUAACGAGAAGAAGAUGACAAGUUCGAAAGAAAUUGUAUUACCUGUGAAAAGAGAGAAAAGGAUAACAGUUCUCAUUUCUGGUUCUGGAACAAACCUUCAAGCUCUUCUCGAUGCUUCCAACUCUUCCAUUCUACCAGGUCGUAUCACUCACGUCAUAUCAUCCCGAUCUAAAGCUUAUGGGCUUAUUCGAGCAUCUUCUCAAAAUCCCCCAAUCCCAACUACCAUCAUUGCCCUCAAAACGUUUUUAUCCCGAAACCCCGGUUCUACGAGAGAAGAUUAUGACGUCGAAGUCGCUCGUUUGGUUCUUACCAACAAACCCGAUCUGGUCGUUUUGGCAGGUUGGAUGCAUAUACUCUCCGACUCGUUUCUUGACAUUUUGAAUGGUGUACGAGAAGCUCCUUCUGCUCCGACAUCAUCAUCACCUAAACCGGAAAGUUCAAAUACACAAACUGAACCUAUACCUUCUGUCUUUGAUGGGGAAACGGAUACGACUUUUUCUUUCAAUCAAGAGACUGAAAUAGGAACAUUACCCUUAUCUUCUCUAGGAGAAGAUAUCAUCGAUUCUCUUUCUAGAAGAGCGACUAUCGCAAUGGCGUCAAAGAGGGAGAAAGAGGAGAUUGAGAAUUAUCAAGGAGAAAUUUAUUUUCCAAUACCUAUCAUCAACCUUCAUCCUGCUUUACCUGGUGCUUUCGAUGGAGCUAAUGCUAUCGGAAGAGCAUACGAAGCUUUUCAAAAAGGGGAAAUAAAUAAAACGGGUGUGAUGGUACAUAGAGUGGUCAGGGAAGUUGAUAGGGGAGAACCUUUAGUAGUUAGGGAAAUAGAAAUGAGAGUGGGGGAAAGUCAAGAAGAAUUAGAAAAGAGGAUACAUGAGGUUGAACAUGAGAUUAUCGUGGAAGGUGCGAAGAAGGUAUUGGAGGGGUUAACUUAAAACCCAUCAGUACGAGUGGGAGUAGUAGACUAUACGAGUGCUGUGCUAUGCUUCUGGGUAACUUACUUGAUCUGGAAUGAUCAGCGGAAAUGAAUUACAUACUACUCU